AUGGUGGACUGUAUGUAUGAGAAAGUUUACACAGAGGGACAGCUGGUCAUUCAGGAGGGGGAAGCUGGAAACUAUCUCUACGUUCUGGAAGAGGGGUUGCUGGAGGUCAUCCAAAAUGGAAAGCUGCUGGGAGAGAUGCACCCUGGAACAGCAUUUGGAGAACUGGCCAUACUGUACAACUGUAAGAGAACAGCCACUGUGAAAGCUGUGUCCCAGUCUCACAUCUGGGCUCUGGAUCGCCAAACCUUCCAGACCAUCAUGGUGCAGACUACACAGGCCAGACAUGAGGAGUACUUCAGCUUUCUGCGCAGUGUGUCUCUGCUCCGAGAACUUCCUGAGGAAAAACUGGCCAAAAUUGUUGAUUGUCUGGAGGUGGAUUUUUUUGAAAAAGGGGAGUACAUUAUUCGAGAGGGUGAAGAAGGGAACACUUUCUUUAUCAUUGCAAAAGGAGAGGUCAUCGUUACACAGAGUACAGAGGGAUUUUCUGAACCUCAGGAAAUCAAGACGUUAGGAGUCGGCGACUACUUUGGAGAGAAAGCUCUCAUCAGUGAGGAUGUUCGCUCCGCCAACAUCAUCUGCAGCCAGAACGACACGCAUUGCCUGGUGGUGGACAGAGAUAAUUUCAACCAAAUGGUGGGAACUUAUGAGGAGCUUCAAGCUUACCUCAAGAAAUAUGUGGAAGAGCUCUCCAGGAAUGAUGAGAAAAGAAACGCCCUACCCCACUUGUCUCAGACUGAUUCUACAGAGUCUCAGGAGAUGAGAAGGAUGAGGGAAAGGAUCGCUCUGCUUCCUGCACAUCAGCCUUUCCAGGACCUGGAAGUCAUAGCAACACUGGGCAUGGGAGGAUUUGGACGAGUAGAACUUGUGAAGCUGAAGGAUGAAAACACCACAUUUGCUCUGAAAUGUAUCAAAAAGAAACACAUUGUGGACACCAGACAACAGGAACACAUCUACUCUGAGAAGAACAUUCUUCAGCAAACAAACUCAGCCUUCAUCAUCAGGUUAUUCCGGACUUUUCGAGACAACAAGUUUGUUUACAUGCUGCUAGAGGUUUGUCUGGGUGGAGAGCUGUGGUCUGUGCUGCGGGACAUGAGUUACUUUGAUGAGCCCACAGCCAGGUUCUGUACUGGUUGUGUCUUGGAGGCCUUUGACUAUCUCCACAUGAUGGGCAUAGUCUACAGAGACCUGAAGCCUGAAAACCUUCUACUGGAUGCUGAGGGUUAUGUCAAAAUGGCAGACUUUGGCUUUGCUAAAAAGAUCGGUAUUGGAAAAAAGACCUGGACGUUCUGUGGGACACCGGAGUAUGUGGCCCCAGAGGUCAUCAUGAACAAGGGCCAUGAUUUUGGGGCAGAUUGUUGGUCUUUGGGAAUCCUCAUAUUUGAACUUCUCACUGGCAACCCACCCUUCUUUGGGUCAGACCCCAUAAAGAUUUACACCAUGGUCCUCCAUGGCAUUGAGAAGGUGGAUUUUCCAAAGAGAAUAGGCAAACGUCCAGACGACCUCAUCAGGAGACUCUGCAGGCUGAACCCAGUGGAAAGGCUGGGAAACAAAAAGAAUGGCAUUGUGGACAUCAAGAAACACAAAUGGUUCCAGGGUUUCAACUGGGAGGGUUUGAGAUGUCGCCAGCUGCUGUCUCCACUAAGAAGACAGGACUGUGUGCUGUCACUGCUAAGGGCUGAACAAUAAACUGUGUUUUGGGCCAAUUUCACUACUGCUGUAAGGAACUGGCCACGGUCAGGUAUAGACUCAUUUCCCUACCAAACAUGCCUGAAGAGACUGACAACAAAUCAGCUG